AUGGAAACAUAUAUAGCUGGUCGAUGCUCAGAUUUGAUUUUGUAUCCAGUGAAAACAGUUGAUCAAGAUGAUCAAUAUCGAUUUGAUUACAGUGAUGUUAGUUUUGGUAAUACGCAUAAUCAAGGAGCAACUGUAGCAAUAACAUGUACCGAAAAAGGACGACCAGCUACGGUUGAGGGAUAUGAUCAGCAAAGGACAUCAAUAACAUCAUCACCAAAUUUGAUGGCAACAUGCACCAACGUUGGUGGUUCACAAUAUACUUGGACAACAUUGGGAAAAAUAUUGCAAUUUGUGGAUUGUCGUUUUUAA